AUGUCAGCAGAACAGGAGAAGGAUCCCAUUGCGCUGAAGAGAGUUCGAGGUGGUGACAGUGGACUGGAUGGGUUAGGAGGACCAGGUGUACAACUUGGAAGCCCAGAUAAGAAAAAGCGAAAAACAAAUACCCAGGGGCCUUCUUUUCCUCCACUGUCUGAAUAUGCCCCACCACCGAAUCCAAAUGCUGACCAUCUAGUAGCAGCUAAUCCAUUUGAUGACAACUAUAAUACUAUUUCCUACAAGCCUUUGCCUUCAUCAAACCCAUAUCUUAGCCCUGGUUACCCUGGAUUUGGAGGCUACGGCUCAUUCAGAAUGCCACCUCAUGUACCCCCAAGAAUGUCAUCCCCCUACUGUGGUCCUUACUCACUUAGGAACCAGCCACAUCCAUUCCCUCAGAAUCCUUUAGGCAUUGGUUUUAAUCGACCUCAUGCUUUUAACUUUGGGCCACAUGAUAAUUCAGGUUUUGGAAAUCCAGCAUAUAAUAGUCCACUAAGUCAGAAUGUUAACAUGUCUAAUCAACAUUUUAGACAAAAUCCUGCCGAAAACUUCAAUCAGAUUCCUCCACAGAAUGCCAGCCAAGUAUCUAAUCCAGACUUGGCAUCCAAUUUUGUCCCUGGAAAUAAUCCAAAUUUUUCUUCCCAAUUAGAAUCAAAUCAUUCAUUUAUCCCUCCACCAAACACUUUUGGUCAAACAAAAGCACCCCCACAAAAACAAGACUUUAGUCAAGGAGCAACCAAAAACACUAAUCAGAAUUCCUCUGCCCACCCCGCUCAUCUCAAUAUGGAUGAAACUGUAAACCAGGGUAAUAUUGACUUGAAAAAUGUUAGUCGAAACAAUACAGUAAAUCAAGAAAGCAACCGUUCCAACAGCACUGAUAAUGCAAACAGCAGCCAUGCGAAUGGAACUCAGAAUAAGCCCCGUCAACCCAGAGUUACAGCUGAUGGGUGUAAUUCUGAAAAGAGCAACAAAACCACCCUCCACCCAAGUCGGCACGGCCAUUCAUCUUCAGACCCAGUAUAUCCUUGUGGCAUUUGCACAAAUGAAGUGAAUGAUGAUCAGGAUGCCAUCUUAUGUGAGGCCUCAUGCCAGAAAUGGUUCCAUCGGAUCUGUACAGGGAUGACUGAAACUGCUUAUGGCCUCCUGACUGCAGAAGCUUCAGCAGUAUGGGGUUGUGAUACCUGCAUGGCUGAAAAAGAUGUCCAGCUAAUGCGCACUAGAGAAACUUUUGUACCACCUGCAGUGGGUUCUGAUGGGUAA